UCUUAUCUUUGGUAAAUGCCAAAGAUUAAGCCUGAUUGUAUGCGUGAAGUCAAUAUUUUUAUGCUAAUUCAAUUUUCCCUGACAGUUUAUCAACUGAAUACUGAGCCCGCAGCUUUAGUAUAUGUUAGAGCCUUCGUCCACAUGUUAUUCGAUAGACAAUGUUUCUUUCUAUUUUUGUUUGGUGUGCUACCGGAUUCCUCUUGUGAUCAGAUCACAUGGAAAGAUUUGUCAAGAAAAAUUAUGAAGAUCUGAAAGUGUUACGUUUUGUUACAAAUGUUUCUCAAUCUCCAUUAAACUAAAAAAAUUCUUGAUGCAUCUUGACAUCAUUUUGAUAGAAUAGAUUCCUGCAGUUUAAUCCAACAUCUCUGUCACCUGAGCAAUCAUACUGAUACACUUCUCUCUGGAAUUAUUGAGAAAAUUGGAUAAAUUGGUCUGAUUUGGAACCAAAGCUAAGUUUUUAGUAUAAAGGGUAUAAGUAAAAGGGACAGAACUUGUUGAGACCCUCAAUACGUUAUCUAACUGAAAAACUCGAUGCUGAUAUAAUAUUAAUUGGAACACAUUGAAUGACAGUGUAACAGAUAGUUUAAACUCAAAGGUAUUCCCUGAGGCCAUUUGAAACAAUGGCAAAAAAAUUGGACAAAAACAAUUUAAACUAAAAGAUGAUAUUUAAAUGUAAAGUGAACCAGAGGUUAAACCAAACAUGAUGUUGGUGAAAGGAGGAGGGUUAAAGAGAGAAAAGGAAAACACACUUGGAGGGAAAAUUGAGAUUAUAAGAGCCAAUAAUCAACACGCGGGAAUCAAACAAUAAACAGUACCAGACUCACCAAAAAACCGCCAAGUGUAUUUCAGUCAACAAUGUGCUGUCUGCUGCUGCUGCUAAAGCUCUGGUAACAGAGUUACUAAACUCUUAGCCAAUGAUGUUGUGUUAUUUAACCGGGAAAAGGUAACCCAAGUUUGAGCGGGUAAAAAAACUUUGUUAAAUGGAUUGGCGCUAUUUAACUAGACUUUCUCUCGCAUUUGCAGACUUGGUGAGUGUUAGACCAAAUGAUCUUUUUAACUAAUUUUUUAAUUCAAUUUUACCCUUUUCUCAGUUUGUUUUAACCUUUUAUUUUGCUUUUUCGUCUAAUUUCUAUUUGGAUUACUGUAACCAUUUAAUUUUGUGACUCUCGUUGUAUUUUAUAACAUUGUAUCUUUAAAGUUGUAGCAAACAAUGGAAUCAACGCCAAUUAAUGCUAAUAAAACACGUAGUGAAAGUGUUAUCAUCUAUGCAACAAGUAAGGAUUCAACUAAUUCCGAUAUUAAGGACAUUGAUAAUGGUGAUGCCAGUGAUUGUAGUUCUGUGCAACAAAUACCAUUCACUUUAAUUCAAUCGCCGAUAUCUGGUUCAUCUUCACCACCUAUUUAUUACUUUGAUAGUAAUGCUCUUACCCAAUGUAAUGUUGUCCUUGGCUCCGGUUGGAAUAAUUUGGAUUCUGAUAGACCUACCGACACUUCGGAAUCUUCAAUAAAUUUAUACGAUGUUGGAUCGACAAUUCAGUUGAGUCCUGUUUCUGAAAAUGAUUGUUCCGAAAAUCGACUAAACGACUCUCACCGAACCAAAUUGAAACGAGGUCGACCUAAGUUGGAAACAAUCACAAGUUUAAUUGAGACAAGCGAUGAGCUGAUCGGGUCUACCAUUAAGUGUAAUAUAUGUAAACGAACAUUUCCUCGAGAAAAAUCACUGCAAGCUCAUAUUCGGAUACAUACAGGUGAAAGGCCGUAUAUUUGUGACUUCCCAGAUUGUGGUCGGAGAUUUGCUCAGUCAGGACAACUAAGAACUCAUCAGAGGCUUCAUACUGGUGAAAAACCCUUUGUUUGUAAUUAUGAUGGCUGCGAAAAUCGAUUCACCCAUGCUAACAGACGGUGUCCAGUUCAUCCUAUGGUCGGAGUAUCGAGAAUUAAGGAUUUAGGUUCUCCUUCUAAAGUCCUUAAAUCGAAUUCAUCUUUAAGCAAUGCAAGCAAAGAAAUUAUUGAUUGGCUAACAGAUUAUUACAGAUCGAUAAAAAGGCAAGGUCUGAAAAGGACUAAAGAUAGUUGUAGUCGGCCUUUUAAAGCUCGUAAGUUAAAUCUUGAUCUGGACGCCUCCGAUGCUGGCUAUUCAUGUGAAGAAAACUCAACUCCAGUUUGGAAAAAGAAACGAGCAGCUCUUGAAUUAGCAAAGAGAGAUCUUUCUCAUGAAAAUGAUUCAGAUGCUGGAACAAUUACUGAUAAUAGCAGUCCAACCAAGAGAUCAGAUUAUGGGGUGAACAAAAUAAACUUGGAACAACUGAGUAGUGACAGAUUGAUGGGUGCUUUGGCUUUAAUGGAGCUUGCUAACUGUCCGGUAAUGAACCUCCAAGUCAAUCACAAUGGUUCCUUCCAAGAAUCAUUCGACUCAGGGUUUCAGCAUUCAACAUUCAAUUCAACAUUUAAUUCGAGCCUCAAUGAUGUAUCCCGAACACAUAACUACUCGAAAGAUGUAGAUGAUCUCAUUUUAUCUGAAAAGAGUACGCAUUUACAAACUUCUGACACUGAAACAAACUAAUCAAUUCUGAUUUUUCGUCAUUUUAAAAUAUCAUCAUCAUCUCUAUCAUCAUUCGUAAUUUCAUCCCUUACAAAAAUUCGCAUUAAAUCCAUGAAGCGGUGCCAGUUCGUCUUAUAAAAUGUCUAGAGCUGAUUGAAUUUGUAAAAAUUUUGCUCAAUGACUAUCUCAAAGAGAUAAACACUCAAUUUUUGGUAUAAAUAUUUCCUGGUAGCCAUUUAAAUCAAAGACGUUAAGCCUUAAAAUCAUAUUGAUGAGCCGAAUCAUCAAAAUCAGAGUUUCUUUAUCGAUCUUCGCUCGAAGAAAUUUUCCUUUUGUAUAACUUAACUUUCCUUCUCUUUCGUCUCAUACUGAUCAAAUUGAUAAAUUGAGUUGAUUAAUAUCCGUUCAAAAUAUUGAUGACCUCGCAUUUACUUCUAUCAAUAGAUGCAAAUCUUUAUAUUACAUUAUAUAAAUAUACUGUAAUGCUGUGUACUUUUAAAAUACUCCAUUUGUAAACAUUGAAUAAAUUUAUCACUGUGAACUUUAUCAAAGAUUUCAAUUUUUAUUGUUCAGCUUUCGUCUGAACUCAAUACCAUUCGAAAAAUAAUACCUUCAACUUAUCUUGAACUUGCUUGAAAAACCUUCGUUUUCUUUAAUACUAAAUAUUUCGGAUUUACAAGAAAUUUGAUGGUUAUUUGCUUGUUUAAUCAUAGAUUCUCGAUUUAUAAUCAUAAUCUGGCUCAGAAUAUCAGUACCACUGAUUCAGUGUAUCAUAAAUUAUUAAUAUUUACUAUGAUCAUCAUAGGAUCUAACAAUGGUAAAUUAUCAAUCAGCUGGUUAGAAGCUUGGAAAAGGCUUUUUUUGCUCACAUGUUUUGUCCAAAGACCAAUUUGUUAAUAAAAUGACCUGGUGAUUGUCGCUCAGUUUAAAUAUUUUUUUGGCCAUAAACAAAACUAAAUAUUUGCUCAUCGACUCAACUUCAAUUCAAGCGAUAGUUUCUAUCCAAAUCCUAUAGAAUUUUGUUCUUUUUAGCUCAAGCAGUUUGAUAAAAGGAUAUUUCUGUUUUUCAAGUUAUUUGUCCUACAGUCUCAAUUUUAAAGUGAUUCAUCAACGGGGUGACUGGAUUUGACCAAGUUCAUAAUAUUCUCAUUGGUAUCUACCCUGUUUUAUUAAUUCAGCCUUUUCUCCGGUCAGAUAUGUCUAGGAAAAACGAAAAUUUGAUUGAAGAAGGCUGGCGCGAAGAAAGACCCGAAACAAAUGAUUCUACAUCAGUCACUUAUAAUCCGAAUCGAGGAAUACCGAUUGACCAACAAAGAUUUCGAUUACCAAUCUAUGAAUACAAAGAUCAUAUUCUCUACUUGACAGAGAAAAAUCAAGUUUUAAUCGUCCGAGGAGAAACUGGAUGUGGUAAAAGUACUCAGAUAGGCCAAUAUUUAGUUGAUGCAGGCUGGACAAAAGGAAAUGACUCCCCACUAGUCGUAGGGAUUACUCAGCCUAGACGAGUUGCUGCAACAUCUUUAGCCAAACGAGUAGCCGAAGAGAGAGGAUGUCACUUGGGAAAAGAAGUUGGUUAUAGCAUACGAUUCGAUGACUGUUAUGAACCUGGUACUACGCACAUUAAAUAUUUAACCGAAGGGAUUUUGAUUCGCGAAAUGAUGAGUGAUCCAUUAUUGCAGAGCUAUUCGGUUGUUAUGGUGGAUGAAAUACAUGAAAGAACUUUACAGACUGAUGUGCUUCUUGGUUUGAUGAAAAAAAUACUCCGUAAAAGACCAGAAUUUCGUUUGAUUGUUGCAUCCGCGACGGUGGAAGUUGAGACAAUGGAAAAUUAUUUCACUGAAGAUGGCCUCAAAACAACCAAUAUAUCAAUAGAAGGGAGAACUUUUCCAGUAGAAAUAUUUUAUUCUAAUGAACCAGUAGCUGAUUAUCUCAAAGCUUCUGUUGAUGCUGUUAUCAAAAUUCACGAAACUCUUAGUCUUGGAGAUGUUUUGGUAUUCUUGACUGGCCAAGAAGAGGUAGAAAAGGCUUGCGAAACUUUGUUGGAUUAUGCUAGAGGAAUAAAAGACAAUCCCGAUCACAGGAAAAUGUUUGUUUUGCCCAUGUAUUCAUCAUUGCCAUCACAAGAACAACUCAAAGUAUUUGAUGUGUUUCCUCGAUCAGUACGAAAAGUUGUUGUCGCUACCAAUGUAGCUGAAGCUUCAAUUACCAUAAACGGAAUUGUUUACGUCGUAGACAGUGGCUUUGUAAAAUUACGAUACUACAAUCCAAAGACUUGUACUGACUCUUUAGUCGUUGUUCCCAUUUCUCAAGCAUCAGCUGCUCAAAGAGCCGGGCGAGCUGGUCGAACUAAACCUGGCUCUGCUUACCGUUUGUACACUGAAAAUGAUUUCAAAAACUUGGAGCCAUUCACAUGUCCGGAGAUACGAAGAUCUAGUUUGGCUCCCGUGAUUCUUCAAUUGAAAGCUCUUGGUGUCAAUAAUAUUCUUAAAUUCAGUUUUCCCAGUAAACCUCCCGAGUAUAAUAUUAUUACCGGUCUCGAACUACUUUAUGCCUUAGGAGGGCUCGAUGAUAAUGGUCAUCUAACAGACCCUCUUGGCCUACAAAUGGUUGAAUUUCCACUAGAGCCUAUGUUCGCUAAGAUGCUCCUCAUCUCUGGAGAAAUGGGUUGCUCCGAAGAAGCUCUAACCAUUGCCGCUAUGACACAAGUACAAAAUGUUUUUGUUCAGCCAUCGUCUGGACAACGUUCGAUUGCUGCUCGAAACUGUAAACACUCAUUUGCUGUGGAAGAAGGUGAUCUGAUUACUUAUUUAAAUGUUUACAAUGCUUUCAUUAAAGCUGGUAAAGUGAGAAGCUGGGCUGACUCGAAAUAUCUAAAUUAUAAAGGGACUUUUAAGAGCAGUGGAAGUCCGAGCAGAUUACUCAGGUUGCUAAGACGAAUAAAAGACAAUCUCGAUUACAGAAAAUUGUCUGUCAUUCAUGAAUUUCCAUGCUUUAUUCAUCAGCCUGGAGUUUACAAAAUUGUCAAAGGUGACCAUGAAUUAUACAUACACCCGACUUCAGUUCUUUAUACUCGACCUCGACCUCCGCAAUGGGUAAUCUUCAUCGAAGUCCUUCAUACUACAAAAGAGUACAUGAGAGAUUGUACAGUUAUUGACCAUCGAUGGUUAUAUGAAUUGGCUCCUCAUUAUUAUGAAUUUGGUACUGAUCGUGAAGUGUUGGAAAGAAAAUUAGUCAAUAAAAACUCGAAAUAGCAUUUUGUAAAGCAUAUUUACAAUUGU